CGGACUGUGAGAUGCGUUUGUAAGAUGGCGGUGUGAGCGCACGGCCUGCUUCUGUAUGCGCGAGAUUGAGAUUCCCGCGGUCAUCAUUCAAGCACAAGCAGUCGAAACUGUGUGUGUGGCGCGAACGGUUGGCGGGAAAUUGUGUGAGCUGAGCUGUGAUGGCCAAGAGGAUUGCAGAGAAAGAGUUGACGGACAGGAACUGGGACCAGGAAGAUGAAGGAGAGGAGGCAGGAAUGUUUUCAGUUGCAACCGAAGAUGUGAUGAAGAAUCGCUCCAUCAAGAAAGCCAAGCGUCGUAACGCCGGAGCAGAGGGAGAGAGUGGAGGGGCUUUCAAAGCUUUUAAGGGGUUCUCUCUGACAUCGGCCGCAGGACCAGCGUCAUUCUCUGGCUUUGGUAAUGGCGCUGGUUUCAAACCUAUGUCCAGCCUGACCAAUGGCAGCGUGGCAUCAGUGGCUCCAUCUUUUGCCAGUUUUAACGUUCCCACGUUUGCUAAAACUAACAGUGGUCCCUUAACCUUCAACAGCUCCGCCCCCUCCAAGCCCACGGAUGAUGUCACCUCCAACGGCUCCGCCCCCAGCAGUAAAGAGUACAACCGGCAGCUCACCGCGCUCAACUGCUCGGUGCGCGACUGGAUCACCAAACACGUCAACGACAACCCCCUGUGUGACCUGAACCCCAUCUUCCGGGACUACGAGCGACACCUGGCCAGCAUCGAGAGGAAAUACGGCAGCGGCACGUCAGACGGUGGGGCGGAGAAGCGGAUUGUGUCGAGGGCAGCGGGAACCACCGUCUCCAGUUCUGCUGUCAGUGGAGCAGCACCGCAGCUCUUCUCCUUUAAAGACAAGGAUGAUGACAAACCGGCAGCUGCGGCGGCUCCGGGCGUCUCUUUUAAUUUCGGCCAGAAGGUGGACAGCUCUGUGCUCGGUGCGCUGGCGUCCAGUGGAGCGCCGUCUUUCUCCUUCUCCACCUCCUCCUCAUCCUCAGGCGUGUCGGUGUUUGGAUCCGCGGUCAGCAGUGUCAGUCCUGCGGUGUCAGCCGGCAACAGCCAGACUGCAGAUGAAAAUGGGGAAGAAUCAGAGGAGCCGCCUGUUCCUGUGGUGAAAGAGAUCAAGGAGAAAGACGCCUUCUACUCCAAAAAGUGUAAGUUGUUUUAUAAGAAGGACGGAGAGUUUAAGGAGAAGGGGGUCGGGACGCUGCAUCUGAAGAUGGUGGCUGAGAGCAAACUUCAGCUGUUAGUGCGCGCCGACACAAACCUGGGGAACAUCUUGCUGAACAUCAUGGUGCCCUCUUCCAUGCCCUGCUCACGAACUGGCAAAAACAACGUGAUGGUGGUGUGUGUGCCAAACCCUCCCGUGGACGACAAGAACCCCAGCACACCCGUCCCGCUGCUCGUGCGUGUGAAAACAGCAGAGGACGCAGACGAACUGCAUGGGAUCCUGCAGGAAAAGAAAGCCUAACGCAUCAUCCACCCUCUCGUUCGUACGUGUCUGACUGAACGUGGCUCUCGCACGACCCACACAUCUACUCUGUCUGUCUGAUCUAGAACUGUUCUUUUGCGUCCCGUUAAUCGUCUAGAAGAGUGAUGGAAACCAAUGGGUUCUUCUACUGUGAAAUCACUCGUGGUCCUACUGUAAACGCUGCUCAUCGUAUCAGAGAA